AUGACGACUCCCAUGGCGAUCUCCAAGUGUUUGAGAUUCAGCAAGAACGUUCCGCUCAGAAGCUUAAUUCAUCUCCAUCUCAAUCCAAUCGCCACCGCGGAUUCAAUCGAAACCGCCUCUGAAUCUCCAUCGAAGCUUCGUGUCUUCGAAACUAAAACCCCGAAUUCACCUCUCCGAAACGACGUCGCAGCGGUGAUUCGCAAUCAGGUCAAUCUGGCGGCGUUGUUGACGCGUGGACGCGCGGUGAAGAUUGAUGAUGAGUUCAAUGAGGACGAUUUUGAGGACGAGAGCGAUGAGUUCGAGGAGGAGGAUGAAGAGGAGUUUGAUGAAAUGGACGGUGAAGAUUGCGUGGAUGAUGAUGACGAUGAAGAUGAAGAUCCUGUUUACAAGAAGAGGAAGUGA